GCGUCUGCAAGACGGACGCGGCGAUGGCGACCCAGCUGCGCUUCGCCAUGGAGCGCGACGACGCGGUGCGAGCGACGGGGCCGCAGCAUGCCCCGCGUGCCAUUGCGUUCCACAUUCCAGCGACAAGCGCGAAGCCGGCACCGCGACGGGCCAAGCCCAAGCCCUCGCCGUGGGCCGCCCGCCCACCGCCGGUAAAGCGCACGGCCAAGCCAGCAUGGAACGACGACGUGCACGGCGCCGUGCUCUUUGAUCAGUCGCUCGCCAAGAACCAGCUUCGAAAGGACCCGAAGCGGACGCGCGACAAGGCGCCACCGGCAAUGCUAAAGAAGGUCAUUGCCAGCGUGUACACGCAGCCCAAGAAGAGCCAGCCUCCCGUUCAGCAACGGUCCAUCGUGCGGCCGCGACCAACGACAACAGCACCCAAAAUCAAGACAAAGCCAGCGCUCGCAACGCAUUGGUCCCGUCGUCCAGUGGCCACUCCGGCACUGCCGGCCACAGAGCCCGAGCCCAUUUGCACUAUCGUCGAAGCGUCGCCGGCACGAGUUCCAUCGCCGCAAGCCGCCGUGCAUCACAUCAAACCGCUCGAUCUAGAUACGCAGCAGCCCUCGCCACCUCCGCCAAGCUACAGCCCAAACCCAGUGAUGCGUCCAUUGUCGCCGGUGCGCAUGAGCUCGAACCAAGAGGACAAGGACGACGACAUCGCGUACCGGUCGAUUCCACCGCCUAUCAUCGACGUGCCGCAGCCAACGCCAAUCCAGCGCAAGCUCAUUGUGAGUACGUUCAAAGUGCUCGAUGCAAAGCGCCGGGGCGUGCUCCACGCGCGAGAGAUCCACCAAGGGCUGCAGCUGCUCGGUAUCACGUCCACGCUGCGUCAGAUCACCGACUACCUGUACCUUGUCAACGACGGCAUGGGCGACACGAUCGGGCUCAGUGAGUGGGUCAUCCUCGUCAACACGCUGCAGUCGGCCGAGUGGCUCACAGCCGACAGCCCGCUCCAGAUCGAAUCGUCGGACGAGUCGCCGAGCCCGGCGUCGGCUCAUAGCGUCGGACUGUCCCCCAUCCGGCACGCGCCGUCGCCAGUGCACCAGGCGCCGGUCGUCGCAACGAGGCCAGCGUCGCCGCCGCCCUCAACCUUUCAAGAAACGUGGUUUAUCGACCAGAUCGAACGCCGCAAUGACAUGUUUUCCCGGGCAGAGGCGUCGGUUGCACUGCGCUGGAACAACCAGCAGACGACCGACGAAGCCCCCGAGACCUUUCUCCGACGAGCCGCCCACGUCGUCCACGGGCUCAAGUCGAGCCUGUACCCGCUGGUGCACCAGGCCGAAGAGACGCUCCGUGCAAUCCAAGGGCAGCACGCGGCCAGUCUCAGUGUCUUUUUAUCGCCAAAGGACAUGGCGAAGGUCACCACACACGCCGAAGACCUUGCCGACUUGCUCCUCGACGACCUCCUCACGGACACGGUCGACGUCCUCCAGCAGCACGAGAAGGCACAGACCACCGAGGUGUGGCGGCAGAGUGAACUCGACCAGCUGCAGUCGCUUCUCGACCUGAUCGAGUCGGUCCAAGCCGACGAAGACCUUUUGCUACACCCUACUCCACCAGCAAUUGCCACCCAAGCGUCCGCUAUCUCGGACACCAAGUCUGGCUGCAUCUUGCCGCUCCACGUCCUCGUAUCAACGACCGUCACCACCGACGCACCCAACGGCACGGACCUAACCACCGCCGCACCACAGCACUCGAUGGAGCGAGACGAUAGUCAUCGGCCAACAUUCUUCAAGACGCCGCUGGCAGGUGGCAUCUCAACGGCCCACGUUGGUCGCAUUGCGGGCGCCCUAGCCUUGCACCGCACAGCAUUUCUGCGAUCGCGCAAGGUGGCCGAAGCCACGCUCGUCGACACGGGGUUGGACCAGCCGGUCGUGAUUGAACUACUCGAGGAGAUGCUGCUGCACGAGAUGCUGGACGACAUUGCUCUCGAGCUCGACAGCUGCUUUGGCAAACUCGGCGAGAAGAUCUUGCGCACCGUGUGAUCGCAUCGUGUUGUCCUUUUUUACGCGACGAGUCGCCAGAGACGCGCGACGCAGUCGUCGCC